AUGGCGUCCAAAGUCUGCUAUUUUGUCGGAUAUGCAGUCAAGAAGUCGGAAGAACCAAGGGAUAAUAAGUCUAAGUUUAAAGCCCUAGAAGCGAUGAUCGACUAUGCAAGCCAAAAAAGCCUCACCGAAAUUAAUGCGAGAGGUGGUGAGAAUGGAUGCCACGUGUGUUUGGUCCUUGAUGGAAAGUCGCAUGGCUUCCCUUUGGACGAGGAGUCACAGAUUCUUGCUGGCUUCAUUCAAGUAUCUGGACUGAAGUUCUACAGAGAUUUGUGUCCUAACGACAAGAAGGAUCAGUGGUUCGCCAAAUUUAGGGCGUUGGGAAAUUAUAAAGUAUUUACCUGA